AUGGCUAGUCCUGCAGUGCUAGCUUUCGAUGCUGAGGGCCGCCCGCUGCGUUUUGACACCUGGCUCGAGGACCUCCAUCUGUUCCUCCAGCUCACUGCUAAGGAGGAUAUUUCGCUGUAUGACCAUGCGUUAGGCCUCGCUCCUGCCCCUGCUGCGACUGCUGACAGUACUGCCCGCUCACAGUGGCAGACUCGUGACGCCCACUCUCGCUUCGCCAUUCGCAACUCCCUGCCGGUAGAUGAACGCGAGCACUUUAGCCAGCAGAAGACUGCUCAGUCACUUUACACUGCUGUAGUUGCGCGCUACUCCUCGCCUGCCUCUGCUUCGCUAGGCCGCCUCUCACUGCCCUAUCUGUUCCCAGACCUGUCCGCCUUCUCUACCGUCGCUGACCUCAUUACUCACCUUCGCACUAGUGAGAUCCGCUUCCGUGCUGCCAUGCCCGCUGAGUUUCUUGCCAAGAACCCCCCCCCGCUGUGGCUCACUCUUUACCACCUGGUCACCCGUCUCCCUGACUCCCUUCGUGCGGUCAGGGACACCUUCCUUGCUCUCUGCCCCACCGAGCUCACCAUUGACCUGCUUGAGAAGCACCUGCUGGCAGCUGAGACUAGCCUAGUCGCUGUCGGUGCGUCUCGCGGCGACCCCCGCACCCCUUUCUUCGAGGGGUGUUCCCCCUCCCCUCUUCUCCCCUAUGUCGCCUCUGCUGCUGCUGUCGACCUUCUUGGUGCUGAGAAGGUCGGGACUGCGUCCACUGCGAGUGCGGGGCGCCGCAGCGGCAAGGGCAAAGGGGGCAAGGGGGGCGGCGGUGAUGAUGGGGGAGGCGGUGGUGGGGGCGGUGGCGGCGGUGGGGGUGGUGGCGGGGCUGGAGGGGCCAGUGGCAGCGGCGGGGGUGGUGGCGGCAGCGGCGGGGGUGAAAGCGGCAGUGGUGGAGGAGGUGGCCGGGGUUGGGGCGGUGGUGGUAGCGGCAGUGGACGCGGUGGCGGUGGUGGCGGUGGUGGUCGUGGUGGCGGCGGCGGCGGUGGAGCUCGUGGAGGCUCUGGCGGUGGCCAGCGCCAGCAGCAUACCCUGUCGCCCCAGGAGCUUCGUGAGUGGUACUCUCAGCGUGGGGGGGGUGGCCUUAGCUGCCCGUACGUCAUCCGCACAGGUGACCGCACUGGUCAGACGUGUGGGAGGGUGCACACCCAGCAGCGCUGCUUCUCCCGCCUCGACGACGCCUGGCGCACUCAGUUUCCUGCUGCUACUGAGCUGCCCCGCUGGUUUGAUCUGAUCAAGAAGAACAUUGAUGUCUAUGCUCUUGACUUUGAUGCUAUCCUUGGUGCCAUGUAUGUGUUGUCUGCUAGUGGAGAGGGUGACUGUUACCUGCGUGUCCCGCCCGACCCGGGCAUUAGGACCAGUGAGGCUGCCGCACUAGGUGCUAGUGUGUCUGCUGCCCCAGGUGCUGGUGAGCUUUCCGCUCUAGGUGCUAGUGUGUCUGUUGCCCCAGGUGCUGGUGAGGCUGCUGCUCUAGGUGCUCGUGAGUCUGCGCCCGCUGGUACUCUUGCUCGACCAGUGGCAGUCUCCCUCGCUGACCCCUCUGGGGGUCCGGUCAUUGCGACCUCCUCCACUGUCCUCCCUUGUCCUGCGGUUCAGUCGGGCACACUGUCAGGUCUCUACCUCCCCUCGUUCUCUACGAACUUGGUGGCGGGUCGUGCGCUCCAGGACGGGGGUGUCCACCAGUUCACCCCUGCCUACGAGCGCGUGACACACUGCACAUGUGCUCGGACGGGUCGCCACCUGGCUACCUUCACUCGGCAGCCGGGGUCGGACCUGUACACACUAACCACUGAGUCCCCUCAGGUAGCUGCCUCUGCGUCUGCGUCAGGUCAGCUGUCGGCCCCCUGCUCGUGUCGCUCCCUGGCGCACGAGACCGGUUCUCCCUCCCCUCCCACCCUCGCCUGCUCCUCCCUGUCUUCCUUGUGUUGA